AUGAUAUUCAAUAAAGAUUUUGUUAUCAACAAAUUUGAAGAUAUAAAAGAUUUAAAGAAUGAUGAAUUAGUUACCAUAAUACCCUCACUUUCUGAUAAAAGUAAGACAAAUCUCCUUAAAAUACUUAAAGAUGUUAAUAAUGUUAAUAAAAAGAAUUUAGAGGCUAAAAGUGAAAAGUUAGAGAGUGAAAAGAGUUUAGCACUUACCUUGUUAAACAGACUUUGGAACUUAUUAGAAGAUAAAGAAAAUCUAAAUGAUAUUUUCAAUGAAAUAAAAGAUGAAAUAACAAAAGCUUAA